UAGGUGACGCAUGCGCAGUACCCGAGUACGUCUUGUUCCCAAACAGAAGCAGGGAUCAGAGAGCACAUCAUGGAGCGACUUUGAAGUACUAGGUGACACAUUUCUCAAAACAACAGACAACUGCGUGGACAGACUUUGGAGACCAUGGCUGCUGCUGCUGUUGCCACAUCCAAAGGCAGCCUGAGAGAGGACCUGACAUGUGCCAUAUGCUGUGACCUGUUCCGGGAGCCUGUCAUGUUGGCCUGCAUGCACCACUUCUGCAGACCCUGCAUCUCCAGGUACUGGAGAGGGACCCAGGGGCCUGUAACCUGCCCACAGUGCCGCAAGGAGUUCAGCUCCAAGCAGUUUCAAACUAACUACCUUGUGACAGCCAUGGUGGAGAAGGUCCGGGCCACCACCUCGGACACUUAUAUCAAGAACAUAGAGAAACAACUAAAGGAGACUUUGGAGACCCAUCGCCUGAGGAAGGAGGACUUCAUCAACAGCAUUCGCAGAGACAAAGACAAGAUGGAGACCAUAAAGAGAGUCGGAGCAGAUCUGCAGGCUCGCGUCAAAGGGGAGUUCAGAGCUCUCCAUCAGAUCCUGCACGACGAGGAGACCUGCAUGAUGGAGCAGCUUAGGAGAGAGCAGGAGGAGGAGCUGGAGAAAGUCCAGCGCCACCUGGAGGCCGCGGAGUUGGCCGUGAGGGAGCUGGAGGGCAACAUGAGAGCGCUGCAGCAGGCGAGCGCUGUCACUGAGAACACCGUGCUGACUGAGCUCCCACAGCUAAGGCCAUGUGUGCAGGUGGAGAUCCCCCCAGAGUUUGAUUCAAACGCCUUCAGUAACAAAUACAUGGCACCAUUACAGUACAUCACAUGGAGAAAGAUGUUCAAGUCUUUGAAAGGAGGUCCCUCUCCAUUAACGUUUGAUGUCGACACAGCGCACCCAAACAUUCACGUCUCCAGGGACAAAACUGCCGCAGUCGAAUGUGAUCUCAUGAUUCUACAUGUGGACCACGGCAGGCGCUUCCUCCAGUGCGUCAACAUUCUGGCCGCCCAGGGCUUCCAGUCAGGCCGGCACUACUGGGAGGUAGAAGUGGGCUCCAAACCCAAGUGGGACUUGGGCGUGGCCUCUGAGGCCGUAGACAGACACGCUCGCAUCAAGCUGAGCCCCGAAAACGGCUACUGGACGCUGCGGCUUCGGAAUGGGAGCGAGUACUCGGUCGGCACGCAGCCCUGGACCAGGCUGCAGCUCCCCUCUGCCCCUCAGAGGCUCGGGGUUUUCUUAGACUGUGAGGAGAGGAGGGUGUCCUUUUACAAUGCAGAUGACAUGAGUCUGCUCUAUUCUUUCACUAACGGGCCGAGGGGAAAAGCGUUCCCAUUCUUCAGCCCGUGCAUUAGUGACAACAGUCAGAAACCUCUGCCUAUCAAACUCCUCCACUACCCUCCUGUCGCUCUGUCUGGCUGACGUGGGUGCGAUCAAUAACAGCUUCUCAGUAUGCAGGAGCUGUCUGUUCACUUAUUGACCAAUGACUGUUAUCACUCAGCUAUUAAAAGACAGAACUGCUAUUGUCAGCAUCGUGUUCCUAUAUCACAAAAUUUCAGCCUGUGCUCUCAUUUUCUAUGCUUAACGAUCAUAUAUCGCCAGCCACAUCUAUUUUUUUCUCUGAAAUAAACCUUGAAAGCCUUGAAAUGCUAUGAAAAUUGCCAUAUUCACGGUGCUAUGAAGUUCCAUUGUGCUGUAAUCGUUCUGAAGAGGCUCAUUCAUUUUCCAGGAGCAAUCAGCAGAAACAUUAAAAAACACGAUACUCAACACAAAAUGGUUGAAUAUAGUGUUUUUCAAACUGGUUCUUUACUGUAUAUAUUUCAGCUAAAUAUCUUAAAUAGAUGGAGAUGGUUGGCAUUUAAAUGAUAAUCGGAAUAAUUAUCUCUCUUCAAGUCAGACUUGUAAAAGGGUCUCUAAUCAUCACUGACUUCAAUCAGCAUGCAGCACUGCAUUGUGAUAUUUUACAUUUCAUUAAAUGGUUCUUCGUGUUUUACACAAUCGGAAACAAGACUGUUUUGCCUUUUUUUUCAUAUUCUGAUUAACAGCAUCUUAUGAGUUAUUUAGAUUACUUCUAACAUCUCCUUUUGAUUUAACUGUAGUUUUUCGUUUUUCAUCUUCAUACAUUUAUAUACAUUAUAUGUGGAAAAAUGCACACUUAUUUUUUUUAUUACUCAAAGAAAUCACAUUUGUAGUUUUUUCCAGGAUUCAUUCAAUGCAAUAUAUUUCAUUGUUAUCAUUGUAUGUGAGAGACAUGUUAGAUCCCUUCCUGCCAAACGCCCCACGCAUUUACUGUAAAACCUGCUGAUGCAAAUAAAAAAACAAAUCACUUUUUCUUUCCUAAAUAAA